ACCACCGCCGUCAUACCCCAUUCACCACCACCACCCUCCGCCGCCCCAAACCUAGCACCAUGGCGUGGCGCGGCGCAGCCUCUCGCACCGUCCUGGCGGCCGUCCGCCGCCCGGCGCCCGCGAUCGGCGCCCUCCGCGCACCUGCUCCCCUCGCCGCCCCGCGCCGCCGGCUCCCUUUCGCCUUCACCAACGCCGCCCCCACCUCCCCGCUCGGGGCCGCACGGCCCCUGGCGGCGUUGAUGGGGUCGCCGCUGACGACGCCGGUGGUCCUAGCGCGACUGACGGCGCACCCUGGGGCCAGCGCCCGGGCCUGCUGCGAGCUCUCCCAGGGGAAUGGGGACGAUGGUUGAAGUUGGAGGCCGCACAGCAUGAUGAGGACUGUGUCCUAGGAUGAUGUACUUGAAGAGACCAUGUGGAUUUCCUACUUUCCUUUUCAUAAAAGGAUACAAAACUUGGAUUCGUCGUUUGGAAAGCAUAGCUAUCCUGGUGUAAAUUCUUCUAGCUGGUGUUAAGAAGAAUCUUCUCCAACAAAAUAGCUAGUUUCUCCAAAUUCCUAGCCUAGACUGAAAAUAAUUUUCCUUUCAUAUACCAUGGUCUGUAACAUGGAUUUAGCAUCUACGUUUGUGUGAAAUAUCUUAGUACCAUCCGCUAAGUGGAUUUGGUGGCCCAUUUUAUACAAUGCAUUCGAUUUAAAGA